AUGAGCGGGGCGGGCGGAGGCCUCCCGCCCCGGCGCUCGCCCACUUUGCCCCGCAGCCCCGUCUCGGAGGUGCUGCAGGCUCCUGCUUACGCUGCUGUGCCGCGGCGGCGGAGGCGGCGGCCGGGCGAGGGCAGCGAUGUCCGGGCGGGGCGGGCGCGCGGGGCGUCCGGCCGGCGGGCAGGAGGCGGGCAGCGGGCAGCGGCGCCGGAGCAGAGGCCAGCAGUGAGGCGCAGCCCGGCCAGCCAGCCAGCAGCAGGCCCCGCCGACCCGGAGCGAGCGAGCGGGCAGCGAGCAGCAGCAGCCAGCCAGCCAGCCAGCCAGCCAGCGAGCGAGCAGCGCGGCGUGCGGAGGCUGGGGGCGCCUGGGCGGGCGGAGGGGGCCGGGCCGCCGGGCCAGCGAUGGCGGCGCCGCCGUUGCUGCUGCUGCUGCUGCUGCUGCCGGGCCGGGGGGGCGGCGGCGGCGGAGGUAGGUAGCGGUCCCGGGGAGGGGGCGCGGCCAGGCGCCGCCGCCGCCCGCCCUGGGCGCGGCAGGCUACCACGCCGGCCCCAGAGCGCGCGCCGGGGCGCGGAUGCCCCCCAGCCAGGCCGAGAAGCCCGUUGCCGACGGCGAGGCGGCCCAGCGCUGGCGCCGCUCGCUGGCCUCGCGCCUCUUCCUGACCGUGCUGCUGUCGGACCAGCUGUGGCUGUGCGCGGGGGCCCAGCUGCGCGCCAAGGACCGGAGCUUAGGCGGCGGCGGCGGCGGAGGAGGAGGCGGAGGAGGAGGCGGCGGCGGCGGAGACGACCCCUGCCCGGCCCCGCUGGGCGCGCCCGCCUGCAGCCCGCCGGCCCCGCCGCCCUCCGCCGUGCCUCUGCCCUCCGCCGCCCGCCUGUGGGAGCGGCACCUGGCCACCUUCCGCCUGGCCUUCUGCGACGGCUACACGCUGUGGGACCUGCUGCGGGGCAUGGCCGGCCCGGAGAGCCUCGACUGCAGCCUGGACGCCCUGCUGGGCGAGUGGCGGGCGGCGCGCGGAGGCGGCGGCGGAGAGGCCUGCAGCGGCUGCCUGGAGGCUUACCAGAGGCUGGACCACCACGCUCAGGAAAAAUACCAGGAGUUCGACCUCUUGCUGGACAGGGUACACGGGCGAGGAGCUACUUCCGUCCCCGGCUCCUGCCUGGGGCCGGCUGCAAGGCUGUCUACAAGGCUUGGCUGUGCUCUGAGUAUUUCAACGUGACACAACUGCAGUGUCAACAACGGAUUCCAUGCAAGCAAUACUGCCUGGAGGUGCAGACUCGAUGCCCCUUUGUGUUGCCUGACAAUGAUGAACUGGUCUAUGGAGGGCUGCCUGGCUUCAUCUGUACAGGGUUGCUAGAGAACCAAUUUCCCAGUGCAGAAGCAAAGUGCUGUGAUGUGCAGUGGGACUCCUGUGACCGCCAGCCGGACAGCAGCUCCAACGCCUCCACCAAGUCCACGGAAUCAGAGUCAUUCCACAAGCAGCACCAUGACACUCCCCUUCACCAGCAACAGCAGCAUCACUACCAUCUCUACUACCAUCACCACCAGCACCACCAGCCCCACCCAUCACUGCUGCCCGUUUCUGCAGGGUCUCGCCUCAGCAACAGCAAGAUCCGGCUGUGCGUCCUUGUCCUUAUGCUUCUCCACACCAUGGUGUCCUUCUCAACGGUGCACAGCAGUGGGGCCAUAACCAGUGGGGGGCUGAGUGUGGAGGUCCUUCCCAUGGAUGAGAGCCUGGCAAGAGACGAGUGAGUGAGCGAGCCAGAGGGGAAAGUGAACCUGCAAGCAGAAUGCCUGCUCCUUCCCAUCACGGGUGGGGGAGCACAUGCUAUUCCUCCAAUUGGAGGCACGGGAUUGGGGGUGAUGCACACAAACCCACCCCCACAUGGAGCCCCCCUCACGGAGCAGUUCAUCACAGGCCCCUCCUGUGAUGAAGAGUCUGGUGUGCACAGGGGUGUGGCGGUUCAAUCUUGAGAAGGGUUUGGUUAGUCACAGGCCUUAAGCUAACUGUUCUCAGCUUAAAGGCCCAGGGAUGUAAUGCAAACAGAUCCUGUGGAAGCAGAAAGGGGAGAGGUGGGAGAGGUAAAUGCUCUCGUGGCCACACGUGGAAUGUGCCAUUUCAGCACGAAAAGUAAUGAUCUAUUUCGUCAAAUGGGUAGCUUGCCCUUGGGAACGAGGGAAACUGCUUGGCAGAGACCCUUCUCCCUCGCAGUGGAUCAGCUGAGCCCACACUAGUCAUGCUGAAGAAGUGCUCUCCUUUCUUCCUCCUCCCCAUGUUUAAGGCUAGAAUCCUUCCCCCGCCCCCCACACAAGCAGAUGACUCCCAAACAUGCCUUUCCACUCUCUAGUCCAAGUCAGGGCUCCUGAUGGGAAUAUCCUUCCACGACGGUGACACUGGUUUUUGUGUUUCCAGAAGGGCUUGUUUUCUGAGGUUGGCUGCAUUAACCUCCCUGUCAUUCGAGAUGCUGCAAACGGCUAUUGCAGUCUAUACCUCACCCUGAGUCAACGUGCUGAUGAAUGCUUCACUUUGCCAAAUGGUUUAAGUGGGAGUAAGUCUGUUACUGAAGAAGCAUGAAGCUUCAUGGGAAGUCUCCUAGUCAUGGGACUAAUGUGACGAAACAGUCCUUAUCUCAGACAGUGGACUGCUGCUCCCCCCCCCAAAAGGAUUUUUUUCUCUUAAUUUUUAACACUGAUUGUGCCCAUACCCACCUAUGCACCAAUUCCCUAGAUGCCUUGUGGGGUUUUGUUUCUAUUUGGAGUGCACAUGUGUGUUUCCACAGCCCUUCAGUAAAUUAGGAGUCCCAUUCCUUUUUCUUUUGGGGUAUGCAUGCAUCACAAUCGGGCCCCUGCCUUUGUGUCAAUUCAGAACUGCGGGUCUUUUCAAUUAAUUCCCCUGACUCAGCCCCAAAAGAAGGAAACGUGCAAAGAUUAGUGCCAAGACCUCAAAGAACAAAGAAUGAGGAUUGAAUCCAUCCUAAAGAAUUUCAGAUGGAUUUGUAACUGGUUUAAAUAUCAGGGACACCCUGGAACACAUAUACUUUCAUGAGGAUGCCGAGAAUUCUACACCCACGCACCUCCUAAGAGAUUUUCCAGCAUGCAGGUUGUGCUGUCUUUUGGAAUAUGCAAGCCUAGCAAACAGAAGACUGGCAGGAGAUCCCGCUCCUGUAUACACAUAUUCUGUGGGACCCUGUGUCACCUGGGUGUAGAGAUGUCUGAGAUGCUGUAUCCAACAAAAGCCUUGGCCAGGAUUGUGUCCUUCCCACACCCCAAGCAGUCCCCUUGAUAGGGUCCCAAAGGAGGUGGGGGCUCAAAAAGUCUCACAGCUGGAGACAUGGAAUCUUUUUCACAGGCCAGUAAGGUGUGGUUAAGGCUUCGGGAAGCUCAAACACCUGCCAGUUCAGCUGAACCCCAUUUGCAAUCAAUCGAUGGAUUGACCUGCUGCUUAAAACCUGUUCAGGUGUAUUUGCUGGAACAAGCUACUUGCAGCCAGCAGAAGCCAAUAACAGACUGAUGAAAGAUCUAUUGGGAAUCAAAUUCUGAUCUUAUGGGAGUUCUUUUUGGUGGGGGGGGGGGGCUCCCAGCUGAUUACCUGGAAGGUAGUUUUCUUUUUCUUUUUAUCACCUUUCACCCUGGAAAUUUUGUUGCUCGGAGGUCCCUGCUUAGCUGCAGCCGCUUCUGGGCAGAAGUGCUGAGUAGUCUUCUUUAGUGCCGUCUGACAUCUUGGACAGCAGCAUCUGCCUCCAAAGUUAGCCAGGAUGGGUUCCUCCUUGAGCUCAUUCACUAUUGAUUAGGGAUGUCAUUCCUUCCAUAGGCACUGGCCAUUCAACCCCAACUCUGUCUCUUUGCAGAGGGCCUUUUCUCUAGUAGAGUCUAGCUUCCCAUGCAUUUUAUUUGUGGAGGGCUGUCCUGUUUUCUUUACCCCUGUCUUCCUGAAUAUUUAUUUCCUGUUGCAAUUUGUAUCUGCUCUAGGCUGCUGGUAGCAUUACUGGGUUGAGGGUGUGUCCAGAAGAAACUUCUUGUAUUGCUGGUUCCAUCAUUUAAUGCUGAACAGGAAAUGCAAGGAGCAAGCCCACAAAAAGCCCACGUUGCGGUGCAGGAUUUUCCCCAUCCCCGUUUGCUGUUUGGCCUCUUUCGCCUGCCCUCCUCCUCCCCCCAGGGCAGAUCAGCCAGGAGUUCGGGCCAGGCCCCGUGUGGUUGGCAGCCACUGAACCAGCAGCACUCUUGACGCACAAGAAAUCCCCCAUCUCUAAGUUUACCAUAUUAUAAUUCAUGAGGUCAGAGUUAAGUGAAAACUAAAUGCAAGCAAAGAAAGGAAGCCAGUAGCUGUUUGAGCCAGGGCAAGAGGACUGCUGAGUGUUCCUGAAGCAGAAAUUCCCAGACUGCUGGGUUGUGUGACCAUUCUGUAGAGGAAUCUCUCACAUCUUUGUUGUGCCUGUGCUUCCUUCCUUUCUUCCACUUAGCUUUCUCUGAAGCUGGGCUAUCCUGUGAAUUGGAUGUGAUUGGACCUUUGAAUUGCUUUGAUUCAAAAGCCCAACAGAGGAGAUACUUUAUGUCUCUGCAUGAGUCACUGACUCCUCCGGGUUUGCCUCCAUCCAGUUAGGAAGGAGUCCUGGGAGUGGGGGUGGGGGUGGGGGUGGGUUAACACCAUCUUCUCACGAGUGCACAUUAAUUCAGAUGCCUGUAACUGUCACAAGGUUGGAAAACCUGACUGCCUGAACACUGGGGUGGUCCCAGGCCCUGGAAGCAGUGGCCAGGGAAUUGGGCUGUCAAUCACCUGGGAGCCGGUCGGAGGGCUGAUCAACUAACAAGGCUUGACCACAUCUAGCCCUGUUUCUGUUUCUCAGGCAUAUUUGACUGGGAGGAGGGAACCCGAAUGCUUGUGUCAGCAAAAAACUUUCUGGAGUUUUCACAAGAUGUGGAAACACAAGAAAGAGGACAACAAUCUGAGAAAAGUUGUUUUUCUUGUUGCUGGUGGCCAAAGGGAGCAGGCAGUCAAUAUAAACUGGGGCCUUUUGUAAACAUUCAUCAACAGCUAAAGAUUACCUGCCUGGCUCUAGGCCACUUCUUAAAUGUAACACCUUUGUAUGGGGGGUCAGGCUGACUUGAAGGCACAUGGGCUUCUGCUAAAUCUCAGUCCAAAUCAAUGAUGGGAGAAUAGUUUCAAUAUGUAUAUUAAUUUUGCUCUUCAUAUAAUUUUAAUUCAUACAGCAUUUAUAGUGUUCCAAGUAUUAAAGGAAGAAGCUCAAGAGUAACAAGCAAUCUAACAAACAAUUAAAAAUAAAAUGUCCUGGAAUUCAUGGCUCCAUAACAUGAAAAAGUCGGCCAUUUCUAUACAAAUAAGUGCUCAAUAAUAAGCAUCCAUGUAGCUUGUACACUGUUUUUUGAUAUUGUGGACUCCUGCCAUAUGCUGAAAAUUUAGUUUUGAUGUAGAAAAGUUACAGGGCUCUUCCACACAGAGGUUUUGCUCCACCCACCCCCACGACUGCCGUCUGUCAGGUGGAUUUUUCCCGUCCCCAUGCCAGUGUUCUCUUUCUGUGCCUCUCCUGGUUUUCCUGCAUUUUCUCUCAGACCUGAGAAGAUCACAUUCAAAGUGAGUUUGUGAAUGGGAAGGUGAGGAUUUUCAGCUCUCCGCAGCCUCAUCAGAUACAAUCCCCCACCCAUUUUCUUCUGCAUGUCCAUCACCUCUGACACCAGCAGGCUUUUAAAAGAUCAAUAGUAGGUAUAUUGUUAUAGUAUCCUGUCACUACAGUGAUAAACUCACAAUUUUUUAAAGCUAAGAAAAAAUCAAUAGAGGUAGGUAGUGGGAAUUAUGGGUGCAAAGAGAGCCAGCGUGGCGUCGUGGUAAAGAGUUGGUACACUCUAAUCUGGAGAACUGGGUUUGAUUCCCCACUCUGCCACUUGAGCUGUGGAGGCUUAUCUGGUGAACCAAAUUAUCUUGUG